GAGGCGCAUGCAUUGUUGAUACUUGCCCAAUAUCCGAUCCCCUUACUCUAUGAGCUGCUGAUGCUCGAUAACCCAGUUCCAGCUAUCCCCUCUGACAUGCGGCCGAUCGUCCGCUUCUUUUACUACUUAUUCCACAAGCAAUGCAUCAUCCUCUAUCUGCAAGACUUGGCCAUUCGUUUCACGGUUAACGGAAUCCUGGCAUUACAGAAGAGGAGCUGGUCGCCAUUUGUCAACACAAGCCGACCAUUAGACAAGAUGACGCGAAAGCAAAUUGCAAAAAUUGUUAUCUUCGACGAAGUUAUGCUCUGGGCCUUGACUGCUUUUCAUAUCUCUGAUCGCACAUACCGUGAUCAGAGUGCUUGGGACAGAGUUCAAUUUCGUCUUGAGGACGCCAUGGAAUAAGACAACAAGACACGGUAGAAGAUGAAAGGCUAACAAAGCAACAAAAGGAUACUCAAAACUCGUCCCCCAGAGAAAAAUACGAGAGGAUAUAAUAUAGCUUCGGCAAUGUUGAUACAGACUUCCUAUUUUUCUCAACUUUUGCCGUUUCUUGAGAAUGUUUGCCUCAGUGAGCAAGAAGACUUCUGUACCCUAAACUUAGGUGCGAAAAUUUUGUUUUAAAUCUUUUCGUCACUUAGGAUAGAGAUCCUACCUAC